AAAGCGGUCCUCCUCCUCUCCUAUCAGAGACACACACACAUACACACACACAGUCCAAACCCCCAGAAAAGCCCUGCUGAAUCCUCACACCGUCUGUCAGCAUGGGGAACGCUUGUUUUUCCCGGGACGUUUGUUUGUUUAUCCUCCUCAUAAAUACUUGCAGGGUGAUGGGGAAUGUCGGACUUGCAGAUGCAGACGAGUGCGCAGAGGGUUCGGACGACUGCCACAUCGAUGCCCUCUGCCAGAACACACCCAAGUCCUACAACUGCAUCUGCAAGCCAGGCUACAAGGGAGAUGGAAAGCAGUGUGAGGACAUGGAUGAGUGUGAGAACGACUACAACGGGGGCUGCGUCCAUGAAUGCAUCAACAUACCAGGAAACUACAGGUGCACCUGCUAUGAUGGAUUCAUGCUGGCCCACGACGGACACAACUGUCUGGAUGUGGACGAAUGUCUGGACAACAACGGUGGAUGCCAGCAAGUGUGUGUCAACACCAUGGGGAGCUACGAGUGUCAGUGCACAGAGGGAUUCUUCCUUAGCGACAACCAGCAUACCUGCAUCCACCGCUCUGACGACGGGAUGAACUGCAUGAACAAGGACCACGGCUGCGCCCACAUCUGCAGAGAGGCUCCGGGCAAAGGAGGCGUGUCGUGCGAGUGCCGCCCUGGCUUCGAGCUGGCCAAAAACCAGAAGGACUGUACAUUGACGUGUAACUAUGGAAAUGGGGGUUGUCAGCACACAUGUGACGACACAGACACGGGACCAGUGUGUGGCUGCCAUCAGAAAUACGCCCUGCACUCAGACAGCAAGACCUGCAUCGUAGAGGAUGAAUCAGGUGAUCCAGAGAAAGAUGAGGCUGCAAUUGAGAGCUCUGAGUUCAAUGCCACGUCAGUAGCUGAUGUGGACAAGCGGGUGAAACGGCGGCUACUUAUGGAGACCUGCGCUGUGAACAACGGCGGCUGUGACAGGACGUGCAAGGACACGGCCACAGGGGUGCGCUGCAGCUGUCCCGUGGGAUUCACCCUGCAGCCGGAUGGCAAAACCUGUAAAGACAUCGACGAGUGCCAGGAGAACAAUGGAGGCUGUGAUCACUUCUGCAGGAACACAGUGGGCUCUUUCGAAUGCAGCUGUCAGAAAGGCCACAAACUGCUCACUGAUGAACGGACGUGCCAAGACAUUGAUGAGUGCUCCUUUGAGAGAACCUGUGACCACACCUGCAUCAACUACCCCGGCAGCUUCGAGUGCCUGUGCAACAAGGGAUACAUCCUGUACGGUCUCACCCACUGUGGAGACAUAGACGAGUGCAGCAUCAACAACGGCAGCUGUGAGUAUGGCUGCAUAAACACCCAGGGCAGCUACGAGUGUGUGUGUCCUCCUGGACAGAAACUUCACUGGAACAAGAAAGACUGCAUUGAGGCGGUGAAAUGUCUGCCCAAUGGGAAGCCAGCGCCCCGAGCCCAGCUGACCUGCACCAAGAGCGGAGGGGCAGAGGUGUGCUCGCUGUCCUGCCCCUCCAAUGCCCUCUUCCUCGCAGACUCAGAGAACAGCUACACACUGAGCUGUGGAGUGCCAGUUCAGCCUGGUAAAGCUCCUCAGAAGAGGAACACCACCACUGCCUUACCCACCUGUGCCGACACGCUGACUCCACCUAUCAAACAGAAGGCCAGGUUUAAGAUCAAAGACGCCAAGUGUCACCUGAGGCCACGCAACAAGGAGAAACACAGAGAGGCAUCCAGGCAGAACCUGCAAGGAGGACAGUUCCCCUGCACUGACAACUGCCAGGUAACGUUCGUCAACCUCAAGUGCGACUCAUCCAAGAAGCGCCGGCGAGGACGCAAAUCGCCUUCGAAAGAGGUUUCCCACAUCACAGCUGAGUUUGAGAUAGAGAUGAAGGAGGAGGAAGCUUCAGACUCCUGUAAUGUGGACUGUGUGCGGGAGAAGAUGAAGCAGAAGCUGCAGAGCGCGAUGCGAACGCUGAGGAAGUCCAUCAACAAACAGCAGUUCUACAUCCAGUUCUCUGGGACAGAGUAUGAGGUGGCCCAGAAGCCGUCCAGAGUCCCAGAGGGCGUGGAGGCGUGUAGCACCGGGCAAGUCCUACAGGAGGGAAAGUGUGUGAGCUGCGGUGUGGGGACGUUCUACAGCGGAGAGCAGGAGCAGUGUGUCCAGUGUCCUCCUGGGACGUACCAGGACACGGUGGGUCAGCUGUCCUGUGAGCCAUGUCCCAGCACUGAAGGACAGGGUGUCGCAGGAGCCAAGAAUGUGUCUCAGUGUGGAGGUCAGUGUCCAGCAGGUCAUUUCUCUGCUGACGGGUUUCGUCCAUGCCAGCUCUGUCCACUGGGCUCCUAUCAGCCUGAACCAGGCCGAGUCCUCUGCUUCCCCUGUGGAGGAGGCCUCAUGACCAAGUACGAAGGAUCAGUCUCUUUCAGGGACUGUGAGGCUAAAGUGCACUGUGCUCCUGGACAUUACUACAACUCCAGUACCCACCGCUGCAUCCGCUGCCCAGCAGGAACCUACCAGUCUGAGUUCGGGCAGAACUACUGCAUCACGUGUCCUGGGAACACCACCACCGACUUUGACGGUGCCACCAACGUCUCCCACUGCAAAAACCAGCUGUGUGGAGGUGAGCUGGGAGAGUACACAGGCUACAUCGAGUCCCCUAACUACCCUGGAGAUUAUCCGUCCAACGUGGACUGUGUCUGGACCAUCAACCCACCACACAAGAGGCGGAUCCUGAUCGUGGUCCCAGAGAUCUUCCUACCCAUCGAGGAUGAGUGUGGAGACGUGCUGGUCAUGAGGAAGAGUGCCCUGCCCACCUCCAUCACCACUUAUGAGACAUGUCAGACUUACGAGCGGCCCAUUGCCUUCACCUCCCGCUCUCGCAAGCUCUGGAUCCAGUUCAAGUCCAACGAGGGCAACAGUGGCAAAGGCUUCCAGGUUCCAUAUGUCACCUAUGACGAGGACUACCAGCAGCUGAUAGAGGACAUAGUGAGAGACGGCAGACUUUACGCCUCUGAGAACCACCAGGAGAUACUGAAGGACAAGAAGCUGAUCAAGGCCUUGUUUGAUGUCCUGGCCCACCCCCAGAACUACUUCAGGUACACGGCACAGGAGUCCAAAGAGAUGUUUCCUCGCUCCUUCAUCAAGCUGUUGCGCUCCAAAGUCACCAGGUUCUUACGGCCGUACAAAUAGACAGGACCUCUCCACUGUCCUGUUACAGACCCCCAUCAUCCUGCGUCAUUCCAAAUCCAGCCCCCACCCCCUUGGUCAAAUGGUUGUACCUGUUCUAUGACUAGACUUCAUUUCUUGUAUUUGUCUUUAAUCCUGUUUGUCACGUGAUGCCUUUCCUCCUCUUAGACUCCUUUGAGUAGUAAUACAUGAUGAACUGAGACCCCUCCCUCCAGUGAGUGCAGCUUUUCUAUCGGGUUUGACUGAUAUGAGUGUUUGAAGGCCAGUAUUCAUAGUUUUAUAAAGUAGCAGAAGACACUUGACAUAUUCUAUGUGUAUAUAUUGUUUCUUUAAAUCUAAGCAUUUUAUACCAAACAGGUACAAGUAUUAAGUGUUUUUCUCAGUUUGGUACAAUUUAUCAGCUCACCCCAUCUAUAUGCCUCAUCAAUAAGGGAGCAACAUUUGGAAACACUGGUGGCAUUUGUUCUAACUGAAUAUUACAGUAAAUACUGAGUUGACCAUGUUAGAACAAAAUCAAAAAUAUAUGAAAUCAGACUGUCAUGUUUUUCAAAAGUCAAGUUUGGUCAAAUUUGAACACACAUGUUGCUACGUUAAGAUAGCACUAAUGCUAGCUGUUUCUCCCUCUUUCCAGUCUUUAGCUGUGUCUCAAUUCAGGGACCACAUCUUUCAUAAGACACGUAGCUGUUGUAGACCAGGAAGGCCGAACCGAAAUGAAAUGGUCUAGUCUAAGGAGAACUUCUGCUUUGCUCGCGCUUACUGUUCUGUCCCAAAGUGCGGCUCCUGUCACCUAGCAAGCUUGACAACAUGUAACUAUUUUUUUUUUACAAAAACUUUUAAGGCCCUUGGUUUUAACAGUUUAACUGUUAGCUGUUGAACUGAGCUUAAACCCAAUAAUUACAUUUAACAGUGUAAUCCUCAGGCUCUCUUUCUGCAUACGCGCAAUGAAUUUUGGGAUAGGUUGGGCCACGAAGGAUCCAUCUGUUGGGGCCUUCAUUGUCCAGAAAAAGAAGGACGCAUUUGAGGGAGCCUUUGAAAUGGGACAGUCUAGUCGCGCUGCUGUGACGCAGUCGGAGGAUGUGGCCCCUGAAUUGGGCCACAACUUUUAUGCUUUUAUGCUAAGUUAGUCCAACAGUCCCCUGGCUCUAGCCUCAUAUUUUGAGUGUGGUAUUGAUCUAAACCUUGGCAAGAAAGCAAAUUUCCCAAAAUGUUGAACUGCUCCUUUAAUAAUUGUACAUUAUUAAUCUGCAAAGCAUAAAAAACUCCUGAUUAUGAAUUCUUAAAGUCAUAAAAGUCUGUGUUAUCAUAAAGUGGAACCUCCAGUAUUUAAUAAAAGGCCAGUAUCAGCAAACCCACAUGUCGGUCAAACCCUGCGCCUGCACAACAUAUCCCGUAUCUUCUUUUCUCCUGCACCUUCUCUAACAGCUCCACACUCUUCUCUUUCCUUUGUCCGCCUCUCUCAUGUUGUUUUGCCCUGCUUUGUUUUCUGUGUCUUUGUUUUGUUUUUGUAAUAUUUAUACUGAACAUGUCAGAACUUGCAGAAGCCCACAUCACAGAUGUAAGACGUGUGCAUUUGUGUGGACACACACACAGGUGUACACGCCUACACAGAGUGAAUGGACGUAUCCUGAGUUAAAUGACUUCAUUGGUCCCGAUGUGCACGAGACACAGAUGAGAAAACAAUGGGUGCACUUAAAACACAUUUUAACAUGGAAAAUAAAUUGAAAGAGAUGUUAAAGUGAGGAAAUCUAAACCUGAGUGGGUGAAUCAGAAAGUCUAUAUUGUAAUUUUUUAAAUAAAAAAAGAUAUAUAACAAGAUGAGAUAAACUACCUGAAGGUAACAGAUUGUUACUUUAGAGAGAAAUGUUUGUGAUGUAACUAGUAUUUGGAACUUUAAUUGCACUUGAAUUUUGUAUGUUAAACCUUUUUUUGUGUUGUUUUGAAAUGUGCCACAUGUGGCGGCGAUGAGAGAGAAGGACAACCGUCUCCUGUCGUUGCUCCCACUCUGUAGCUCACAGUUAUCCCCAGUAUCUCUCACAGCAUCAACAUCUCAGAGCCUGAGACUGUAUGUUAAAGUAAAGCACACAGAGAAAAGACUUUGUAAUGUUACAUCACUCACACCUGCCACCACCACUAUAGUUAGUCAGUGUUUUCACUGCUUCAUCCCUCCAACGUGUCCUACAGGUGCCAGAGAGAAGAAGCACCGCCAUAAUAAAGACUUCUUGUAUGAUGGCACUACAUACACAUAGUACUACUACAGUAUAUACCUGUCUCUACAACACUAAUAUCUGCAUUCACCAAGAUGCACUCUCUUUCCAUUAAACAGGAAGUAUAGUGUGUAUACUAUACUUUUCUUUUAUAACCCAACUAAAUGUUUUGUGUCAUUCCCACUGGUACCAACAUGUCUAUGAAAUCCUGAACUGCAUAUCGAAGAUGGACUCUAUAUCUACAGUGUGAUUGGAGUUGUGAAACAGUGACUUGAGUGUUGGUCUGGAGGUCACAGUCUGUGUGUGUGUAACACUCGCAGCUUCAACUGUAACUUUAUCUGUGUGUUGUGUUGUGCAUAAAGAAGCUAGCCUCCCCUGACAAAAGAUAAACAUGCCUAUGUAAUAUCUCUUAUUAGUGUUAAUGCUUCUCUAGUUACUAAAGUCAACAUGAUUCAUGGAGAGAGAAAGUGUCUGUUCUUUGUGCUGGGCACGAGGACCAUUAGGAGUUUCAGUGUCAGUGUCAGUGCUGAUUCACUCAUCAAAGCCACUGGUUCUGGAUGAAAUCACCAUCCUGGACAUUUUGUAUAUUAUGGCUCAAAGUACAGGUCUUUGUAUUUCCUCCAGACAGGCAAUCACGUCAGUUCAUUUCAGAGCAUUGUGGAAAUCAAUUUUUGGAGAUAAAUAAUCUAUCACAGUGAACAACUGGUUGUUUAAUUUAUAUAGAAGUUAUCAUAGCUGUGUAUGUGUGUGUGGUAUUGAUGGGAUUGUUUUCAGAACUGACUAAAUCAAGCCUAUAGCCAAAAAAAAAAUCUCACCUCAAGGUCCAUUUAGUAGCUGUUCUGGUGCUUUAAGUCAUAUCACACAGUCUUCAUCAGCAGAGGGAAUUUGCUAAGCUGAAUGGAGUGAAUGAUGAAAAUGUUAAAAUUAGCAUUUUCGUUGGCACAACUUCUCAUCCAUAUUGACAUCAACAUUCAUAACAAAACUGCUGGGGAACUUUCUGUCAUCUCACAUGAUCUUCAUCAGUAGAUGAAGUCUCUGAGGUCCUUUAAGUGCUUGGGAAAGGUGCAGAUUUGCCAAUUCCAGGAAAGCUGGCUUUAACUCCAUUAGCAGAUGAAGAUCAUGUGAGAUGGUUGAAAGCCCCACAACAGCUACUAAACGGUUUUUGUAGUCAGAUUUUGUAAUAAACUGCAGUGCAAGACAUAGAAAAGCACCAUUGUGUCUCAGAGCAGUGUUGCUGUGUUGCUUGUAUUAUUUAGGUAAAACACAUUUUGACAUCACAGCAGCUGCUAGUUACCAAGCCAUCUCCAAAAUUAAAUGAUUGCUAAUUGUCUAGAUUUGAUGAUCCAACAAAUCUAGAAUACAAAAUAUGGAAAUAAAAGCAACUAAACAUCAUUAGUGUUGGAUUUUUCAGAUCUUUGCUCUUUGAUUUUCAUACUGGUCUGAAAUGAAAGCAGUGGAUAGAAGGUGGUAAACCAAUCAAAGAUCUUUGGUAAACGUUCUGCUGUCACAUGAAGGCAAAACCACAGUCCAGUCCUUCAGAGCACUGAGCUGGUCAUACUCCAGGAUUUUAUUUCAAAAUAGGAUUUUAGCAGUUGAGGGAAAUUUUAUUGGCAGUGGCUGAUAAUCACCCCUUAAAACAGAUAUACUCUUUAUCGUACCACCACGUCCGUCAGAUAAUUUCCCAAAAUAAAAGCAUACUGUUGUUAGGUGUUGUUCCAGGCCUUACCAAGUAGCUGCCACGCAGACAUAUUAUGGCAUGGCCUACUUCCUGUUUGAAGUGGGCACUGUUCACUAUGAGUGUUAUGAAAAAAAGGACAUGAAAUGCUCAGAAAUUUAUAAUUGACAGUUUUUUUCCUGAGAAUGUAUUCUGUUGUGAAUGGAUGAGUGUAUGUGGUGUGUGUGUGAUAUUCUGAGAGUGAAUGUGUGAGCAGCAAGUGUGUGUUUCUGCGUGUGUGUUUUAUGAAUGUGUGUGUUUGUGUGUGUGAGUGAGUUUUGGUGCCGGGCGUCUGUGAUUGAGAAAGAGACUGUGUAUGUGUGUACUUUAGUCUAUUUUGUAGAGGAAUAAUUUUAACGUUUGUGUUAGUUGGUUGUACCCAAAGAAAUAAACUGUAACGCAGUGUUGUGCCAUUGUUUGGUCCAUGAAACUCUAGUACUGAACAAAUUAAAUGAAACAGUAGCAGAAAACAGA